AUGGCGGCGGGCGGUGCAGGAUCCUCGGAUCGGCCGGUUCCCCGCGAGGAUUCUCCUCCGGACGGCGGCGAUGGCGGCGGAGCUUUACACGGCGGCGGCAGCGGCGACGGCGCGGAGUCGGGCGCGCCCGAUUACAUCCGCCUGACGGCGGCGCACGCCGGGGAGGACAGCGGCGGGGUGGACGAGGGCGACCCCGCGGACUCCCCCGAUCGGCGCGCGGCGGGCGGCGGGGAGGAAGAGGAGGACGAAGGCGAGGGCGCAGGCAUGGCGUACCACGAGGGGCGCGGGGGAGGCGGGGAUUGGGAGGGCGUGGCUGCGGGGGAGCUGGAGUCGCAUGAACCGGACCGCGACGACCGGCACCGCGCGCGUGGCGCUGCUGCGGGGGGAGGCGGAACCGGCGGAGACUAUGGCGGGGAUCACGGGGAGGCGGAGGUGGAGGAUGGUUACUACGGGGGAGAUGUUGGUGGAGAUCGAUGGGGGCCGGGGGCGGAGGCGGAAGGAGGCGGCGAGCAGGAAGGGGAGGGGGAAGACAGGUGGGCGGAGCAGGGGGAGGCGGACGACAAUGAUCAGGUUAUGGGGGGAGACGCGGACGAUGAUGGCGGUGGCGCUGAGGGAAGCGGGGGCGGGGGAGCGGGCGGGGGGGAUGUGAUCGAGGGGGGAAUGGACGGGGAGGACGGGGGAGAGGAAGGGGAGGUGGUGGGCGGAGGGGAGGAGGACGAUGGGGGCGUGGACGAGGAGAGAGACGCGCGACGGGAGGGGGGAAUGCGCGCGGCGAGAGGGGGAAGGGGGAGCGAAGCGGGAGAGAGCAGCGGGGAGGAGGAAGCGGGGGUGGCGCAAGGGGAGGAAGAGGCGGAGCAAGGCAGGUGGGGGGAAAGGGAGAGAGCGGCGGGAGGGGAGGGGGAGGAGGCGGAGGGGGAGGAUGAAUCAGACGAUGACCGGGACUGGGUAGGAGAGGAGGAGGAAGAGGACGGGUCCGAUGGAGGGGGGGAGGGCGAAGAGGAAGGAAAGGAGGUGGAGCUCGAGGAGGGGGACGAGGGUGAGAGCGAGGGGUACGAGGAAGGAGAGGCGUACGGGGGAGGGGAAGGCGAGGGGGAGGAGGAUGACGAGGUACAAGAGGUGGAGGGGAGGGGCGGAGGUGAGGAGGAGGAAGAAGACGAUGAAGAGGAGGGAGGUGGCGAAGGGGAGGCGGAGGAAGGCGAGGAGGAGCAGUGGGGUGGGCACGGGGGGUGUUAUGUUGUAUCAGGGGACAGGGAGGGCGCGAGGGGGCGAGCGAGCAGGCAACCCGUGCAUAUUGACCUGGAUGAUGAUGAUGAGGAGGGGGAGGGGGAGGAGGGAGAGGGCGGACAGCGAGCGGAGGGUGUGUGUGAUGGGGUGAGGGAAGUGAGUGUGAGAAGGAUGGAGCCCGGCGAGGAGGAAGGGGAGGACGAGGAAGAGGAGAGUGCAGGAGAGGGGGCAGGGCAGGGAGGGGCAGAAGGCGUGGAGGCAGCAGGGGGAAUGGGCGGAGAUGACGGCAUGGAGGUGGAUGGAGCAUGGGGCAGUGACGUGGGGGAUGCGGAGGGGGCAGGGUUCGAGGAGUUUCUGGGGGAGAUGGCGAGGGGGAGUGGCGGAGAUGGGGAGGGGGAGGCACAAGGGGGAGACGAGGCAGGGAUGGUACGCACGGUUGGGGAAGGAGCAGCAGCGGUGGAGGAGUUGGAGGGUGUGGAGGGCGGUGGUGAGGAUGGGUGGGGUGGUGACGAGCAGAUGGCAGCAUGGGAUGGUGCAGCAGGUGGGGGCGAGGCACUAGUGCUGGCCGAAGCGGCAGUGCCAGUAACGCCUGUGGCAGCAGCGGCAGUCGCAGCAGUGCAAGUGGCGGCACGUGGUGGUGAUGAGUCUGCUGCUCUCACUGCUGCUGCUUCCCUGGCGCCAGGUGAAACCCUGGAAGAGGGCGUCAAAGCAGGUGCCACUGGUGCCGGGGGCGCACCUGACUCAGUCACUGCUGAUGCCCACGGUUUUCCAGGCAAGCCUCCUGCCCUUGUGGCAGCAGCAGGAGAAUCAGGAGCAGCAGCAGCAGAAGGAGCAGGAGCAUCAGCAGCAGAGGCAGAGGCGAGUCUCUCUGGUCUGCAGGUGCGGUGGCGAGGCCACAGGGGCGCCCCAUUGCAGCAGGCAGGGGGGGCAGUGGUGGCAGGGGCGGGAGCAGUGCCAUGCAGGUGGAGCGAGCGCAGCCGGACAGCAGCAGCCGUGCUGGCAGGGCUGGCACCACAGACUGCAGGGGCGAGGGGCAGGGAGCGUCUGGAGUGGGGAGGCGAGGGGCGUGCUGGUGUGGUGGGUGGGUGGCGCGGGAGGAGGCAGCAGCUGGCCCUGGGGUCGUGUGCCGUGCCCCUGCUGCCCCUGUCCGGUGGGGAGGAGGAGGGUGAGGACGAGGAGGAUGGGAGAGUAGGGGCGCUGGCACUGAUGGGCGAGUGGAGGGGUGGUGAGGUGCUUGGUGUAAGGGGAGGAGGUGGGGUGGUGGGGAAGAGGAGGAGAGCGGAGGAGGAGAGGGUGGAGGAGGAGGAAGAGGAGGAGGAGGCGUUUGAUUGGAGGGAGUGGGAUGGGAUGCGGUGCACGUACAAGUGCAGGAACAUGGUGAAGGCGGAGUUCAUGGCUCACACGGCGCAUGUGGAGAAGCAGCUUGCAGAUCUCACACGCACCCACCACCAAACUGCAGCUGCCCUCACUGCAGCUGCACCAGAGGAGCAGUGUGCGCGGCUGCAGCAGCAGGUGGCAUCGUUGGAGCGAGAGGCGGUGGCGGUGAGGGAGAGCGGUAAGGAGAGGGAGGAGCAGAGGAGGCGCGCGGCAGAGAGGGCGGAGGAGAGUAUUCGAGUGCAGAUGAAGCGCUGCCACGAGCUCGAGCUGCAAGUGCUGAACCUCACGAAGCGGAGCACAGAGGCAGAGGCGAAAGCAGCAGCAGCAGAGGCGCGGGCGGCAGCAGCGGAGGCAAGGCAGGCGAGGGCGGAGGAGGAGGUGCGCGCGGUGCAGGCGGCACGGGAACGGGAGGUGGCGGGUGUGCGAGCACACACAGAGGGGGAGAUAGCGCGACUGGAGGCUGAGGUGCGCAUGGGAGUGAGUCGCAUGGAGGCGAUGGGGGUGGAGAUGGAGUCACUGGAGGACGAAGCAGACGCUCUCAGGGCGCAGCAUGCAGAGGCGGUGAGGGAGGCGGCGGAUGUGAGGUGUGAGUUGGAGCGCGUGAGGGGCGAGGGCGCGCUGGGGAAGUCGACCUCGGCUGUGGAGGCCAAUGCGCUGCUGGCCCGCCUGCGAGAGGACAACCGCCUCCUGCUGGAGCAGGUGAGCAAGGCGGAGAGGCAGCAGGAGGGGCGGCAGCGGUGGCACGUGUUGCAGCAGGAGGUGCUGGUGGAGCGAGCGAGGGCGGAUGCAGCAGAGGCGGCAGCAGCAGCAGCGGCAGACAUGGCAGUGCAGCUCAGGCGCGCCCAGCGCGACCUGCAGCGCUGGCGCGCCCUGCUGCACUCGCCUGCCCUUCACCUCGCCGCCUCUGUCCUGGUUCCUCAUGGGACCAGGGGGACUAAGCCGGAGGGCGCAGAGGAGGCACAGGCAGGAGUGGCUGUGGCGGGGCACGGAGAAGAUGAGGGAGCAGGGCGUGGGGGUGGUGGUGGCGAAGGGACGGUGGAAGGCAAGGAAUACGGGCCUGAAGAUGUGGUUGCUGCCAUUGGGAAGGUGCAGAGUGCGGCUCUGUGUGCAAUGGCAGAGGCGGGCGAGGCAGCAGCGCAGGUGGUGCCGCUGAGAGCAGCGGUGGCAGCAGCAGAGAGGGCAGCACAGGAGGCAAGGGCGGGGGAGAGCGAUGCGAGGCGGCAGGUGGUGCAGUUGCAGGGGCAGCUGGAUGGCAAGGACUCUGAGAUGGCAGUGGUGGUGCGGGAGAGGGACUCCCUGCGCUGCAUGCUGCAGUCAUACGACGAGGAGGAGCAGGUGGUAGCGCACUGGCUACAAGAACCUGUGGCACCUGCCAUGCCUCUUGUGCCGCAUGCUGCCGCUGCUGGCACUGCCGAUGGUGACGGUGCUGGUGCAGGGAGAGUGGACGGGAGGUUGGUGACAGUGACAGUGCCUGGGGUUGCGGAGGGGGGAAGGGUCCUUGCGGUGCCCACAGCACCGCAUGCUGCAAAGAAGAGGCGCCUUGAGGAGGUGGAGCGGGCGCUGCAUGUGGAGAGGGGCGAGGUGCAGAGCAGGGAGGUGGCGCUACGGGGAGUGGCAGCGGAGAGGGACCGACUGCAGCAGGAGGUGGAGCGCUUGAAGGGAGAGGUGGAGAGGGAGGUGGAGAAGAGAAGGGCCGCCGAGGCAGAGCUGCAGGCGCAUGGGCGGUAG